UGACCGUGUUUUUCGUUAGCCGCAUCAUGGCGGCGCAGGUUUGAGAGCACUUUCCUUUUAAUUUUUCUCCUAACGUCCAACUACUAUCACAACCGUCCGCUGGGGUUUUCGUCGCACAGUCGCAGGGGCUGGAGUUUGACGAUAAAGUCCGCGCUUUCGGUCUGCUGUUGCUUGCUUUGGUGCUCGGUUUGCUAAAGAGCUGGGAGAUGUGCUCCCAGACCAAAGCAGCGGCUGUCAUGGCUAACAUACCGCGGGCAGACAUCGACCCUUCUGGGGUUUUUAAAUACAUCGUGAUCCGGGUUUACAGCCGAGAGGAAGGAGACGACUCGGAGAUAGAUAUAGUCCGAGGAUACGGCUGGGCUGAGUACCACGGUGAUAUCUACGAUAGGGUUUCCGCGGAGCUGGAGGACGGAGGCCUGCUGGACUGCGAGUGUAUCGGAGGAGGCAGGAUAAAACAUAAUCCAGAAGCCAAGAAGAUCCAUGUGUACGGAUACUCCUUGGGCUAUGGAAGAGCAAACCAUGCAGAGACCACAGAGAAACUGAAGGAGAAGUAUCCAGACUAUGAGGUGACCUGGGAUAACGAAGGCUACUGACAUAAAUAGGAUUAAAUAUUCUGGACUGUCAUUCAGUUUCAACCUUUGAAACUCUGAUAGACACUUCAUCAAUUAUUCACUGCAUCAAGAAGGGACAACUAAUGCAUAGUUGUCAUUGUUGACUUGAUACAUUAGUGUUAAAUCUCAUUUAUAGUUUUUACAACCUCCUUCAGUUGUGCUAAUAUUCAAAAUACUAGCUACAUAUUAGCAUAAUCGGUUUUUAAGUCCAGAUUAUGUGGAGUAAAAAAUGUAAAUGUUGAUAGUUUUACAGGGUGAACAUUAUGUUUUCUUUGUGUUAUUGAAAAAGAGUUGAACUCCUGUGGUAAAGGUAGUAAAUAAUUACUAAAAUACGUAAUUCUUUUUUGUUUCAAUUUGAUGUAAUGGUCCUUUGUUACAUUUUGUUUCCUGCAUUAUUUCAUAUUUCUGAUUAUAAAGAAACCUUUCAAUUAAAUCUACUUUGGAUUUUG